UCAAGCAUGGCGGCUUUGUGGCUCCAGUCCGUCUCUCUCUUGGUCUUGCUGGUGGUGUCAUGGCCGGGCUCACAGGCGGUCGCCCCUCCACAGCACCUGUGCGGCUCUCACCUAGUCGACGCUCUCUACCUGGUCUGUGGGGAGAGAGGCUUCUUCUACAACCCCAAGAGAGACGUGGACCCCCUGCUGGGUUUCCUCCCUCCAAAGUCUGGUGGUGCAAUGAAAGGCGGCGAGAACGAGGCGGCCGAGUACGGCUACAAGGAUCAGAUGAUGGAAAUGAUGGUGAAGCGCGGCAUCGUGGAGCAGUGCUGCCACAGACCCUGCAACAUCUUCGACCUGCAGAACUACUGCAACUGA